AUGUUUCGAAGGGCGUUGAUUCGGCAGCCCCAGGCGGCAAGGUCUGCCUUUACGUUUCGUACCAUCUCAACUUCUCCUCUAUCCCGAAGCCAGCCAUUCUUGCAAACUUCUGCGCAGCCCGUGAAAGCAUCGCCCUUUAGGCUAUAUCAGAGAUUUAAUUCCACGGAGUCGUCAGCGAAUAAAGCACAGGAACAAGCCGCCGCCUCUGAGGGAAACAACUCGGAACAGAAGCCAGCCGGAUCACAAGUGGCAGAUGCCGAAGCCUUGCAGAAGGAGAUUGAAAAACAGGAAAAGGAAAUUGUUGAGCUGAAGGAUAAAUAUCUUCGCUCUGUGGCCGAUUUCCGCAAUCUCCAGGAGCGCACCCGUCGUGAUGUCGAUUCCGCACGCUCAUUCGCCAUUCAGAAAUUUGGAGCCGAUUUAAUCGAGUCAAUUGACAACUUUGAGCGUGCCCUUGAAGCCGUUCCUUCCGAUAAGUUACGCAAUGGAGAAAACAAGGAUUUGGCCGAGCUUUACGACGGUCUUAAGAUGACAGAAAAGGUGAUUAUGAAUACUUUGAAGACACAUCGCCUGGAGAGAUUUGACCCUUCGGAAUUGGUGGAUGGUAAACCCCAAAAGUUUGACCCCAACCGGCACGAGGCCACCUUCAUGGCCCCUGCCCCCGGAAAAGAGGACGGGGAGAUCCUGCACGUUCAAACAAAGGGCUUUAUACUCAACGGCCGCAUCUUGAGGGUAUAG